AUUGAAUUGACAUUCUGCAACGUGCUUCAGAACUGUUUUGUAAACUUGCUGGAAAUAGUCUGAUAUGUUCAAUAUUUCGUAUUAAAUAAGUGAACAAAGUACCCCAAAAUGGCAUCUAUGAGAAUCAGACAACCUACGACCCGGCGGGGUAGAAAAGCCUUGCAGGAACGUGAACCGAAGACCAUCGAAAACCUAAAGAAAACACUCAUCAUGGAAGGUCGAAAGUGUUCGAAUGAAAUUCGACAAGCUCUGAAGGAUUUGAAUAUGCUGAAGAAACCGCACGCUUGUCUGAUGAGAAGGAACAACGAUGUGACCCCGUUCGAUGACGCUACGCCGCUGGAAUAUUUGGCAAAGAAAAACGAUUGCCAUCUGUUUUUGUUCGGUUCAUCUUCAAAGAAAAGACCCAAUAAUUUAAUUAUGGGUCGAAUCUAUGACGAACAGGUACUCGACAUGAUAGAGCUUGGCAUCGACAAUUACAAGGCCCUGGUUGAGUUUAAAACGGAGAAAAUUUCCCAAUACACCAAACCGGUGAUCGUUUUUAACGGCUACAAAUGGAAGCUCACGGAGGAGCUUAGGCGAAUCAAGAGUCUUUUGUUGGACAUGUUCCGUAUUGAUCAAGUUGAUACCAUUCGUCUGCAGGGGUUGGAGCAUGUACUGAGUUUCACGCUUACAGAUGACUUGACGAUAUUGGUUCGUUCCUAUCGUAUUCAGUUGAAAAAGAGUGGUCAACGUACACCCAGAAUUGAGUUGCUUGAAAUGGGUCCGUCACUAGAUCUGUCGAUACGGCGCACUAAGAUAGCUUCUGAUGAUCUGUACAAGGUUGCCAUGAAGCAACCGGCAAUCUUGAAGGCGGCCAGAAGGAAGAACGUUUCCCGCGACGAGCUUGGUAAUGUCCACGGAAGGGUCCACGUCGGCAAGCAGGACAUUAAUAGCCUCCAAACGCGCAAGAUGAAGGGUCUCCGCAAAACGGCCGAAGAGAAGCGAGCAGAGAAGCAGAAGAGGAAUGUCCGUGGCUCCGAAAAUGGUGAUGCUUCGAUGCAGGAAGAUGAUGGUGAUUCGCACGAUGAUACACAAGAAGGUAUGGAUGUGGAUGAUGGUGAAGACGAAUAAAAUAAACGGAAGUGUAUUGAAGGUAA